AUGACAUACAGCUGGAAGGUUCCGAUACAAAAUAAACUGUAUCAGGCUUUAGGACUCGUGUCUGGAACAUUGUUUAUGUUAAUGAUAUCUCUGACAAUUCAUUCCGUUAGUAAGCAAAAGUUGUUCACAGUUAUAACAAAGAUGAUUGCUUUAGGAACAGGUAUUGCAGGAGGUUAUUUCAUUUUGAAUGCAACUGCAGAAUAUGUAAAAGGGCUACCCGGAGCUAUAUCUUUAGCAGCAUCUCCAGAUUACUUUGUUGAAAAAGAGGAUAUGCAAAUUGGACAUAGUUUGGCAAAGUAUAGUGCUGUCAUAACGAUUAUAGGUUGUGUCCUAAUUUUCGCUAAUAUUGCUCUCUUUAUCCCGCUUGGUGAAGGAAAAUGGAUUUGGCAGAAAAAGACAGAUGUCAUGUCAGAAACUAUACCUGAAAAAAUCAAAAACCCUGCAGAGACAAACAAGACUGUACAACAAGUUAAAAAUAAAAAGGAUAUUGUCACCGUGAAAGAAUUUCUUCCAGAGUAAUAUUCCAGUCGCUUGAAAUAGGCAAAAUGUAUUUAAAACUUAUGUACUUUUUUGCACUAGGCUCAUACAUUGCAUUUUAACAGUAUUUAUAGAAAAUGUGUUUUUAUCUUGGUAGUUGAUUAGUUUUAAUUUCAUCGCAAAUUCUUGUUACUUACAAGAAAAAAGAAACAUAUGUUCCUCGAACAAAUCCAAAAAUAGGGUAUCAACGUAAAGACAAUUAAUAAAUCCACAGUAUUUAGCAGUUUUAAAUAUUGCAUUUCGACAGCUUAUUCACAAAUUGUAUGUAAAGGAACUUUACAAGUGUUUUUAUAACGAGUGCAACAAGUAUGACUAAAUAAUCUAGAAUACUAAUUCGUUUAUAUAUUUCCUACAGCAGACAAAGAUUAAUUUGUUAUUUUAAAAAAAUAUUAUGUUGUGUUAGAUUAAACAUGUGUAUUUAUAGAGGAUUGGGAAAGCAGUUUUGCAACUUAUAUAAAUCCCUUUCCACUUUGCGGGUGCGAAUGCUGCCUUGUAGCGUCAUUGUCCUACUCUCUUUCGAAAUCUACAAGGGUGUCUUUUACGUUCAAGAGAUAUGGCUCUCUAUUAACACGGGCCAGCCAUUUAUCGUCCCCUUCCGACGGAUUAUUAUCGUUUCCUUAAGACCAUACUCGCAAAUGGUGUGUAGGGAGAGCCGAAAAAUUCAGUCCUUGAAAUUUUCCUCCCGGAAUGGGAAUUGAACCAGGAACUUUUGUGUUAGAAGUCCGUUGCACUAACCACUAUACCACGGCUCUCUAUCUAGAGAUAAUGCAAGAAGAUAGUUGUAACAUAUGUA